AUGGUUUUAGCGGAAAGAAAUUCUGAAAAUGUUAGAAAUGGUAGGCGAUCAAGAGGUCCCAGCCCUAAUCAGUCUGAAUCUUCUAGUGAAGAAGACGGAGUUCCAGCAGAAAAAAUUAGAGUCGGAAGAGAUUUUCAAGUGAUUGUACCAGAAUUUAUUCCAGUAAAUGUGGAUGAAUACAUUAUAUUGGCUAAAGAAAAAUACGGAUACAAUGGCGAACAAGCAUUGGGAAUGCUUUUUUGGCAUAAACAUAACUUAGAGAGAGCAGUUUUAGAUCUAUCUAAUUUCACUCCAUUUCCUGAUGAGUGGACUGUUGAAGACAAAGUAUUAUUCGAACAAGCCUUCCAAUUUCAUGGAAAAAGUUUUCAUCGUAUACGCCAAAUGCUUCCAGAUAAAUCAAUAGCGAGUCUUGUUAAAUACUAUUAUAGUUGGAAGAAAACGAGAUCCAGAACAUCUUUGAUGGAUCGUCAAGCCCGAAAAUUAACAAGCAGUGGAAAAGAUGGCGAAAAUGGCAGUGAAAAUGGAAGCGAAUUAGGAUCAAAUACAGAUAGUGAAUCCGAAGAAAAAAAAUGGACGAUCCACCGCGGAAUACGCCGUGGAAAAAACCAAACUGUGCCAGGAAGCCAAGGUGCCGACGGCAAAGCCUCUUCCGACUCGGAAAACAUUCCUCAGGUUCAGGGGUCUUGUAGCAACUGCGGUGUUGCUUGUCAUAAUGUUCGUGCAACGCCAAAGGGACACGCGUGUCAUAGCUGCUAUCUGCACUGGAGGCGUACGGGCGUCGCGAGGCCGCUGAGUUCCAUGCCGGGUCGUUCAAAUAAAAGAAAACCCCCGCGAGGACUGGUAGUUAACCAUGACGAUCUAGCUGUUCUGGCUGGCCAGCCUAAUCAAGCAAACAAUAGUUUGCAGGCUAUCGACACUGAAAUUAUUAGCCUUAAACGACAAAUACAGACUAAUAAACAACAAGUCAGUGCACUUAAACGUAAAACUGUUGAUGGCAUUGACGACUUACGUCCACCUGAAGUCACCAAUCGUAUUAAUGCACGGUGGACUAAUGAUGAGUUACUUUUAGCCGUUCAAGGGGUACGCAAGUAUGGAAAAGAUUUUUCAGCAAUCGCAGAUGUUAUUGGAACGAAAACUGAAGCUCAUUUGCGAUCAUUUUUUGUAAAUUAUCGCCGGCGUUAUAAUCUUGAUGCUGUUUUGAAGGAAUAUGAAGCUGAAAAUGGACCGAUUCUUAUUGAUGAUGAAAAAGAUGAAAAAAUUGAGGUUGAACAAACACAAAAUAAUGAAUCUCCCGAAACUUCACAAAGAUCUAAAUCAUCAACUAAUGUUAAUCAAGCUGCGAAAUAA